UUUUCAAUAACUGCUCCUUUGCCUAGCAUUCCAAAGCGUCAAAAUGGAGUCGGAUGGAUUAGGAUUUGGUGCACCCCAGAAAAAGGUAUUCGGCAAAUGUACAAUUACAUCUAUUCCUUCGUCUUAUAAAUCAUUAAAUAAGUAAAUAAUUCAUAUAAAUUCUUGAGAUUUAUUUAAGCUUUAGACUUUAAUUUUAACAUUUGUUAAAUAUUAAUUUUCAUAAAAAAGAAAAGAUGUCACUGAUCACUGUCACUAACUUACUACAUUACAUGUAACACUGUUAGUACACUACUUACUAACUGUGACAAAUGGAACGCAACUAAAAAUAGCAGUAACUGACUUAAUAAUUUAAUAUUAUAAAUAAUAUUAUUAAUUGUUAUAAACAUGCCAAGUAUAUUAAUUAUCAAUCACAAGUGACCAGCGACCACUAAUUUACUGCCAUAGCCAUAACUAUAACUAUUCAUAAGACCACUCUGACUCUAUUAUACAGCAGGGACCUCGGUAUGAUCCGGGAAAUGCCAAAAACCGGGUAUCGUGAUUUCGUUGUCAAAAUGGCGACCUCCACUUUUUAAUUUACCGAGGGUAGUGUUGUUUAGGAUUAGUUAGUUUUUUAAAUAAAUUCUACUUUUGCCCUCAACUUAAAGCAGACAUGUUUCUUGUUCAUUUGACACUUUCCUUUUAGAAAAAAUUUGAUGGUUUGACUUUGAAAAUUAAUGGUCAAUAAUAGCUAAUUUGACUCAUUCAUAAUUUUUUUGUGGAAAAAAUAAGUUAAAAAAAAAAGAAAAUACCAAUGUUAGAUAAAGGCAUAAUUAACAACAUAUCCAAAAUUCGUGAGGUUAGGACCAGUGCAUGGGUGAGAAAUUUUUGCACAAAAUUUUUAUCACAUGUGUCCCAAAAUUAGAUCUACCUAUUAUCUAUAAAUAACUUUUUUGUAGUAAGUAGCUUGAUUUACACUGGAAAUCCAGCAUAUUACCCACUAAUAAUAUUUUAAAACAAAGCAACAAUUUAAUAGCACUAAUUACUUUUAUCUGAUGCUUUUAUUUUGAGUGAGGAAGUGGGAUAAAUAGCCCUAUCCUUAUUGUAUCAGUAUAAAUAAUUAAAUAAAUAAAUAUAUAUAUCCAUCCAUCCUAUAAGCCUAGUAUAGUAUAGCCUAUAGUAAUAAUAAUAAUAAUAAAGUUCAUUUCAAAAACACGCUUCAUCCCCAAAGGCUCGAAGCGCGGUACAAAGUCAACAAAAAAUAUCUAUAAUUCACCACAUUUAAAACAAACGCAACACUACGAAAACUAAUUACAAGCAUACAAUAUCAAAGUCUUUCUAGCCAUUUCAACCCGGAGCAACACAGCAACACAUGGAAAAGAAGGUAGACAAUCAUCCCAGAAGGUAUUUGCGAAAUAGAUAUGUCUUUAGAUCGGUUUUAAAGGACUCCAGUGUCUGGUUGUUUCUAAGAUCGACAGGAAGGGCGUUCCAAAUUGUUGGACCAGCAAAUGCGAAAGUGCGCUUUCCGUAAGUCUCAAGGCAAACACGUGGUGUCGAGAGUUUGCCACUAUCGGAUGAGCGGAGCUCUCUACUGGGUACAUAAGGCGUCAGCAGCUCUUUCAGAUAGGACGGCGCCAGGUCAUGUAAGCAGCGGUAGCACAAAGUUGCGAUUUUGUACUCUAUGCGAGCACGCACCGGCAGCCAAUGCAACUCUCUCAGAAGUGUUUUUGCAUGGUCGAAUUUGCGUUUGCGGAGAACUAUGCGAGCCGCAUUAUUCUGUGCUAUUUGAAUUUUAUCCAGGAGCGUAGCUGGAAGACCCACCAUAAGAGCAUUGCAAUAGUCCAUGCGUGAUAGCACAAAUGCAGACAUCAGCCUCUUUGUUGCAUCAAUUGUUAGGAAGGGCCUGAUGUGACUAAUCCUGCGCAGCUCUAGAAAAAUCGCCUUGCAUAGCAUGUUAAUAUGACUUUCAAAAGUUAGUCUUCCAUCUAGGUAGACACCCAGGUACCGCACUGUUUGAGCUAACUCAAUACGCACACCUGAGAGAGUAAUGGAUGUAGUGUUAUUUGCAGAUUUUUGCAUCUGAGCGGUCGCGAUGGGGAGCAGCUCAGUCUUAUCAUCAUUUAAUUUGAGCUUGUUUAUUGUCAUCCAGUGCUUAACCGACUCCAUUGUCUUCUGUGUCAUACUAUAGGUCUAGUACCAUCCCAACUUAUUAUUGCAAGACCUAUUAAUAAACAAUUAACUAUUAUAGUUAAUGAUAUUUUAGGCCAUGUAAUCAUAUUUUAUUAUUUAAUGGAAAUUAUGAUUCUUAAAUUUUAAAAUAAAAAUGUUUUUACAAAAUAUUCACUUACCUUUGAUAUUGAAAUAUCCGGAAUUCACUCACAAAUCACAAUAUACCACAAGAAACUUAUAUAAUCCUCAGUAUUUUUCAAAAAAUAACACACCUUAUGAUACAGUAAUCCAAGAAUUUCUUAAGCUUUUACUAAAGAACAAUCAUAAAAGCUUGUACUUACCUCAAGCAAAUGACUAGAACUUAUUUUAAUUUCUGUCAACAGCCAAAGUUGAUACAUGUUGAUUUGUGAAACAAGAUUACUAAUUUUUUGGUCAUAUUCAAAUGGGAAUAAAAUGCAUACAUAAAAAAUGGUAAAAUAAAAAGUAUAAUCGUCAGUUUUAUAUAAAUGAGUCAAAUAAUCUCUGUAUUAUUUGUUUAUACUGAUAAAAGUUAAACAAUUCCACAGAAAAUCUGAAAUUAAUAUCUAAAGAAUAUUAUUAUUACUAUUAAAUUAGGGAAAUUUUAUACAUUUAUAUUUAAAAAUUAUUAAUUAAUUAAUACACAUAAGUGACGAGUCAGCAUAUUUUAUUCAUUUUAAUAAGGAAAAUUAUCAAGAUUAAAAAUAUUUUUUUGCGUUAUAUUAACAAAAACUAAAAUUGUAUUUUGUGGCUUCAUUUAGAAGAACUCAUAUUUAACUGUGUUCCCUGAAAAUAUCAUAUUUUGUCUCAUUUUAUAACAAAGCUAUAGGCAUACAAAUAGGCAAUAUGAGCGUGACGAAAUGUGGAGGAAAAUCCCAUAGUGAAAAAGGGGUUUUGAGGUCCUUACUAAAAAAUUCAUAACUUUUGAACCACUUGAGCUAGAAAGUUGAUCUUGGUGUUUUUGUAAACCAUUAUAUGAGGUCUAUACAGCUGUAGUCUUUUUAUAUUUUUAAAAAUGUUUUGAAAUUUGAAUCAAAGUGCCUAUAUACAGUAUACGCUGUUAACUAUCUAUUAAAUAAGUGACCACUUAUUAACUGUCAGUACUCUAACUUACACUUAACUGUAACUACUUACACUUACAGUUACAGUCUUAACGUUACAGUACAACUAACAGAAAAUUGAAAAAUGAUUCCAAUUAUUGAGUCAUGACUUCUCUCUAAAUGAUAUAUUUAUAGGCCUAAAUAUUAUAUUUUAUUCCAAGAAAUAGAUGAAUUUUUUAAAAUGUAUUUAUAUAUGUUGGUGUCAUUAGCCUUAGCAUAAUUUUUUAGUGCAAAUUACUCAUUAUAAUUAUAACUUCAAAUCAUACCUUUUAUAAAGUGUGGUGAAGUCUCUUUAUAAAUUGUUCAUACUAUUUAAAAUGGGCCUAGGUAUUAUAAAUUAAAUAUUCUCUUACUAUUUCAAACACGUUUUAAAUACUAAAAUAACUAUCAAGUAUAAUUUUGUUAAAACUUAGAAUUAUCCAUCCAUGUGAAUGUGAGCAUUCUACAGACUUGUUUAACAGCUUCUAUUACAUUUUUAAAGGUUAGCAGCGUCAGCAGCAUGUAGAAUUAAGGAUCGGUUUACAAAACAAUUCAAACCUUAUGAUAAGUCACUUCAAUAGUUCAUUGGCAUUGGGUAAAAAUAUUGGUCUUGUCACUGCACCCAUAAAUUUCAUAGUUGCAUAUAUUGUACUUGAGAUUGAGAUUUUCAAUUUAUGAAGCUAUAGCCUAUAAGAAUAGCAGCUCUAAAAAAAACUUUAUAGCUAAGUGCAACAUUCAUCCCAGCUGUUAAAAGCUAAAUGUAUUUGUUUUGCUAUUGCUAAAAAAAAAACUUUAGAGCUAAGUGCAACAUUCACCCCAAAAAAUUGUUAAUGUAUGUCAAGAUGUCUUUCUUAAGCAAAGUUUUGAAAACUAAUAAUUAUUAUACAGCAUAGCAUGAAAUUUAAAUUUAAAAAAUUGAUCAUAGCAUUAAAAAACAAAUUUAACUUUUUUGUGCUGACUUUCACUUUAAAUUCAAAAUUAGCUGCCUGCAGCAAGUGCUGUUGAAAGCUAAAUGUAUUUGUUUUGUUAUUGCUGUACUCUAUUAGUACCAUUAUUAGUACUUUAGAUCAAUAUUGUUUUCUUGGUAAUUGCAUUGACUUAGCAUGUUGCAGCCCUAUUUUACCAUUCAAUUCAUAAUAAUAUUAACUCCCAAAACAGCUAUAAUCUACAAUUAUAACAAUCAUUAAAUCAUUUCAAUCAGGGUCCAAAGUCAGGCAGAAGAGCUGCUAAUGUCUCCACAUCACAAGCGCCAACACUUGACGAAGAAGAAUUAUCAUCAGAACCAGCAACCAAAAAAAGCACAACUGUAAGUUUAUAAAAGUUGACCCCUCUUUUCAACUCCUUGAGUCCAUGCUUUUUGCUAUUACACAACUGGCAAGACUUUAAGGAGAAGGGAACUGCUUUGUUUUUAUUCUUACCCUAAAGCCUAAGAGUACUAAGACAUACAAAUUAUUUUCAAUAAAUAAGUUAAAGUAAAAUUAGUAAACCUUAAAAGUAUUGGCAUUAAGCUUUAAUUAAAAAUUUUAAUAUUCUGAUAAGGGUGAUAAUAUAGAUGUAAUUUUUAAUUCUAAUUUAAAAUCUAUGCCCUUUAAUAGCGGUUAUAGCUCUGUUUUUUUAGAUACUUUUACUUCAACAAAGCAUUGAAGCAUCCACCACUUAUAUCCCCCUUGUGUUAUUUUAUAUUGAUGUCACACAUUAAAUAUGUAGCGCCCUACCAUUACCCAGCCCUCCCUUGAUAGAAAAAAAGGUUGUUUACAUUUGAAUGCAUUCUACUUUGUGCUAAAGAAUGCUAUCAGGUGAUGCUAUUUCUAGAAUUUCUUUUCUGGACAUUUCUAACUCCCUCCUUGUAAUAUAAAUAAGCCAGCAGCUUUCUCACCAAGAGAAAGAUUUUUUAUAUAUUUCCUAGACAUAAGACAUAUUAAAAGACUUAAUAUAAUUGUAGGAGCCUUUUAAGAUUUUACUAGUUAUCUUUGUGUGUACAUUAAUAUUUUCUUAUUUCGAGGAUUAUUUUUUUCAACUUGGUUUGCUGUAAGUUAUUAUAGCUUAUAAUGCUGUAUAUUUGAUUUUGUUUUUUGUAUAAAUUUAAUAGUAUAAUUAAAUAGAAUUUGUUUAAUGUAGCUAGCUUUGGUAUUGUUUUUCUUUUAAUACUGGUUUUAAGAGAUUUGUUUACAUAUUGUUCAUCUAACGAGCCAAAUCUUAUAACAGAUUAGAUUUGCAAAACCGUAUUAACGGUACAUAACAGUAGCCAUUCCAAAAAAAAAUUAUUAACAAAAAAUACUUUAAAAAGAAAAAAAGGUGCAAUUUGUUUAAUUUUUAAAAUUUUGCUCAUAGAAAACUUAAGUUAAAUUCUGUGACCAAAACAAAGCCCUGAUGUUUUCUCUAUGCUGAGCAUCCACACAGAUGCAACUCAAUCAGCAUUUAAGCUGGUCACUCAAAUUUUUAUUUAUUUGUAAAUUCUUGAAGAAAUGUUUCUUGAAAAAAAAUUCAUGAAUUAUUGAAUUUAUUUUAAACAAUUUAAAAAUGAGAAUGAUUGAGAAAAUGUUGUUUUUUAAAUAUUACAUCCAUUCCACAAAAUCACAUAGAAUACAUGAAAAGAUUUCAUUUGCCUUUCUCUUUGUCUAAGGAGAAUGAUAAACUUUUUGACCUCCUUUAAGUAUUUUAGUGUACCUAUAGACAUAAAUAUUUAAGAACAUGGAGAAAUGUCCAUAUUGUUCCGGUUAAUUCACAUUAACAUGAACAGUACUUGAAAUUAGUAAUACACCACAUCAGGUAUGGUUUGUGAUGAGCUCUCUUUGUUUCUCUACAAGGAUGGCCCACCAGGAAGACCAAACAAAGCUGUAUCCGGGUGGGGUGAAGAUGCCCCUACAAGAAAACCCCGGUAUGUUUUUAAUUGAUUUCUCUCUGAACUCUCUUUAUUAGAGACUCAUCUGUUUUUUUAGAAAUAUGGUUAUUAAAUUUCAUUUAAUCUCAGAGUUAAAAACUUACAAAAUGUUGUUUUCUAGAUGGUAUUUUAAAGUCAUGAAGUCAUUAUUUUCAGCCUUUAAAUUUUUUUUUUUAUAAAACCAUAGUGUCUCAGCCAUCCAUCCAUCCCUGUGGUGCUACAACCUAUGUAGGGCUUUGGCCUGCCUCACUGCUUCCUUCCACUCAGACCUAUAUGAUGCUGUUCUUUUCCAUGCUUGGAUUCUCAGCUGCUGUAGAUAUUUUUCCACUUCAACCAUCCAUCAGCUUCUGGGGUUUCAGUGGUGCACCCUCUUGACUCCUGUCAUUUGGCUUUAUUUUUAAGUGUCCUGCCCGGCGUAACAUGCCCUUAAUUAUAUCUGCUACAAGCAUGAGAUCCUGAUAUGGUAAAUGCAAUUCCUAUUUUUUUCGUAUUCUCAAUACAUAUUCAUCCUUUGUUGGUCUUAUAUUUUCCAGUCAACUUUUUCCCUCCAAUUGUAUUUAAUAGGUUUUCUGCCAUUUUGGUUAGGGUCAAAGUUUCACUUGCAUGUGUUACAACUGGUCUGAUUACGUUUUAUUUAUAGUUUUCUUUGUUUUUCUUGUAAUGUUUUUAUUUUUGAGUAUUUUCUGACUACUAUGCCCUGUUUCCAGAUGAUAUUCUUUCUUUUAUUUAUGCUAGUAAUUCAAUUAUUUCAUUUAAUAAAGAUACCAAGUAUUUAAAAUGAUUUACCUUUUUAAAAGGGUGUUUUAUAAUUUUAAUGGUUUCAUCGGUCUGUUCUUCUCUUAACAUGGUUAUGUAUUUUAUUUUUUGGUUGUUAACUUUCAGCCCUGCUUGUAAUGAUACUUCUUCUAAUUCAAUAUAAGCUUUUGAUAUGUCUUUACUACUUUUCUCUAACAGUGCUAUGUCAUCAGCAUAUGCAAGAUACUGUAUGGGUUAGCUGUAGAGAGUGCCUUUUGGUUGUGGGUCUUGGGUUUCCCUCAGAAAGUAUCCUGUUAUUGUUCUACCAUUGUCCAUAUGUAUGCAUCUUAUAACUCUCUCUAAUGUAAGGUUAAAUAUCAUACAAGACAGUGAGUCCCCCUGUCUUAGGCCUCGUCUAAUCUGAAAUUCACUUGAAUAUUCACCCUGAACCUUGAUUUUGCUCUUAGAGUUCUUUAAUGUUAAAUGUAUCAGUCUUGUCAGUUUGUUGGGUUUGCCUAACUACUGCAGAGUCUCAUAAAGAUAUUUUCUUUUGAUGCUGUCAUAGGUUGUUUUUUUUAUAGUCCACAGAGAGUUGAUGUUCUGGAAUAUUAGAUUUGUUAUAUUUCUCUAAUCAGCAUCUGAUGGUGAAAAUCUAAGUCUCAACAAAAUGAAAAUGUUGAAUUAUAACAUCUUUUUAAGAACACAAUUUUUCCAAAUAAAACAUACUUCAUGAAUUUUACUGGUCUAAGAUGGCGAUAAUAUUUUAUUAUGGGAAUUAUACAGUGUAACUGAUAUUCAAAGACACAUAACUAUAUCUUGUAAUUCAUUGUUUUUUAAAAAUUCUCUACAUUUUUUAUAUAUUAUUAUUAAGUGUAUCUUUUAAAAUAAAAUUCUUAAUUGUUGGCACGAUCAAUAUGCUUGUCUGUUGUAAAUUUGAAUUAGUUUAUGUGUUUUGAAUCUAAAUAUUCAUCAAUAGAUUCUAAUUAUCUGUUGUCGUUUCUUUAAAUUUUCCUUUGUAUGUAUCGUUGUCCAUUCUUAAACAGCACCCGGCAGUUGGGUGAAGGAUUUGAGGUUCAGGAGGAGUAAGUUGGAAUUUUAUAUAAUAGCGGCUUUCAUCACUGCUUUUUUUUUAAAACUUAUCAAUUGUAUUUGUUGGUAUCUUUUUCAUAUAGCCUUUUAUUAAAUCUUUGAGCCAUUAAUUUCUUUUAAUAUUUAAUGGUAUUUGUGAAACAAAUGUUUGUAUUCUCUGAUAAAUUGUUCCCAAAAUAAAUUCUGUUUUUUUUAAAAAAGAAAAUUAGGUUAUAGAAAAUUAGCUGACAAUUCUGAGGUGGUGACUAUGUCAGUAAUAAAAAAUAAUGUUUGUUGAGUAAGGUAUUGCAAGAGGGCCUUAAUGAAGCCAAUAUCCCCAAACUGCCAUUUUCCUGUAUGGUAGAUCAGCACUAGACAAAAUGAACAAAAUAAAUAAUUAUAGAAAUAAAAAUAUAUUAUAUCACAUCUUGUACUACUUCGUAAAAGGUAUGAAACACAUUUAUUUCAAAGAAAACAUUGCACCCGUUUCUUACUUUGUUAAAAUUAAUAUGAAAUGUAACCAUUUUUGGCUUUAAUCCUUUUAUUUUAUUUUUAGAAAUUAUUAUUAGUUCCUCUCUUUUCUUUAAAAAAAAUAUCUAAAUACCGGUAUUACAUUAUUUGAUUCAUUUUAAUGUCUAAGUUGCUUUUUAUUCCUUCCUACUCAUAAAUCUGUUUAUUCCAAUGUUUUCUUUAAAAGAAGGGCUGUAAAAACUACUUGGCAUUUUAAAAUAGUAAACUAAUUAUUGUAUCUUAACACAAAGGAAAAAAUUAACCUAUUUCCCAUAUAGAUUAGCUGGGAAUACUAGGAUAACUGAACUAGAUAUUAUAACAAAAACCUCAAUCUUUGAUCAGGUGUUAUCUUUAUAAGUGUUUACUAAUCAACUCUGUGUGUUAUCUCCAAUUUUCUUCUCUACUUUACCCGAAGAAUAAGAAAUGUAUGCAAUUUCUUUUUACUAACACUUUAAAGAUAAUGCCAGCUUCAAAACAUUACUCAGUGAUAUAACUCAUUUCGUUUAGUAUUUUGUUUUUAAGUUCUUUUUAGGUCAAAGUAUUUCACAACAUAACAGCAUAAGCAGCUUUUCAAACUUUCGUUUUCUACAGGCUGCAGUGUAUUUCCAUAUAACUUGUUUUUUUUUAAAAACUCUAUUCUUAUUUAUUUAAAAACAUAAUUUUGUUGUGGUUGUGUGAAUGGAGUGGGGGGGAUAUUUUAAAUGAUUUAACCUUGCAAUAUUUUCAUUCCAGUCAUGUGUAUGGUUGAAGUGAAAUCCACACCAGCUGUGACCAUCACAUUAAUUAUAUAUAUGUAAUUAUUGAAUAAUUUGUCCUCAGAGCAUUACCAUUUAAGUUUUUGAAUACCACCAUCCCAGGGAUGUGUGUUGUUUAAUAGUCACUGAGCUAACAAGAAUAUAGUUAUGUUAUGCUUUCACAUUAAAUUCUUUCACAAUGCUUGUUUACAUAAGCGAAAUGAGCUGUUUGUAUCACAAAAUGUAGGUCCUAAUUUCUUCCAACCCAUUCCACCCAUUGUACAUGUUAUCAGCUGAGUGGCUACUCACAGUGAAUAGUAGAUCAACUUAAUGACAGCUAUCUUGUAUUUAAUUCAAUAUAUCUCAUUUUUUGUAAGCAUAAUUGCUAUCUAUGGAGAGAUACUCAAAGAGUUGUGUUGCUACUUUUUGACUGCCCGGUUGUUAGUUGUCUGUUAACCAAAGGGAAAUUAUGUGCUGCUUAAUUAUCUGCUCUUCCUAAGUCAAUUUCAAAACAUCCCUGACAGAUUUGACAGAUGAAUGUCACUGGGAUAGCAAAACAAGGUUGUUAGGUUCAUUUCAAACUAAAGCAAACAAAAUUUAUGACAAGGGGACUCAAGGCUUACAUACACUGUUACAUUAGUUUCCAUUUAGCUGUCUCUCGAUUUUUUUUUAGCCCCAUCACUCAACUGGGCACAACUAUAUGGGGCUUAGUGUUAAGAAUUGAAAUACAUGAUUUUAAACUAUUUGGUAAGUUGGUAGACCUAGAGUAUUUUAAAUGUCACCAUGACAUACCAAUAUCAAACUGAUUGUUUUGAAAUGAUAAGCAUCACAUGUUUCUAUUUCAUAUUUGUAUGGCCAAUAAUGUAAUACAGAGUACAUGUUUCUCAUAUCAUAUUAAAGGGUCUAUUAUCAACCCAAGUUUAGUACUUAAUUCUUAAUCUAUUUCUAAGUACUUGCUCAAUUGCAAUCAAAUUAGUAAAAUAUUAAAUCAAUGGUAAAAAAAUAUAUAAUAUAAUAUACUGAUCCCAGUGUUUUACAAAUAUUCUUAUACUUUUUAAUAGGAAUUACUAACAAAUUUAAAGCAAAAAUAUACCUUCAAUAACAUUUAUUACCUCAUCAAUUUUUAUUUUAAAAAGGGAGAUUUUUGGGUGAUAGGUUGUUAAUGCUUCCUCUCUUGCAUUGGUUUUCAUUGAACUUAAGUUUUUAUUGAAAAACUGGCUUAGAAUAUAGUCUCUAUCUUAAAAUGUUCAUAAUUUCCUAGGUCUUCUUCAUUCUGACUUCAUCUUUUUUUUUUAAACUGUCUAUGUAAUCAAAGUAAGCAAUUGAGUCUUCACAGGUUUCUUAUAGAGAAUAUGGCCAGGGGUAUAAAAUUAUAGGAAACUAUAACUGUGGGUUUAUAUUAAACAUAAAGAAAUUUAUUUUCUAAACUUUCAAGUUGUUUCUUUUCAAUAACCGAGUUGGCUUCUAGCCAAACUAUGCUUGUGUUGGUUUUUAUUUUUUUAAAGACUUUCUUUAUAUUUGAAAAUCCAUGGGGGUUUGUACAUUUGUAGCAUUUUCAUUUUGUCAAACGUGACCCUCUCAUUAAUAAUGUUAAGUUAAUCUCAUCUAAUUUGGCAGGAAAAGGGCUAUUAGGGGAGUUCAGAUGAGAGCUGUAUGAUUUUGGGGAGGGCUGGUUCAGAAGGGGGGAGGGCUUACGGCAAUUAGACUCGGAACAAUGGACGAUUUUAGCGUAAUGCAUUUUAAGUAAUUUUAUAUUAUUUUAGACUUUUUAAUGCGGUUAAACUUGUCUGAUAGAAAGCCUUUUUCAAGCCUUUUUGUAAAAAUAUUUUGUAUUGGUCAUUAGGAACUAAUUCAUCAUACUUUGUAUAUUUUAAUGCUACUGGAGCUCUACCUUAACCAUCCCAGUAGGGAUUGUAUCCAACUGCUAUUGAUAUUUAUCAACUUUUAUUUUUGUAUGAUGUCUAGAACAUUAUAACAAUUUUCAUUUGCUAUAACAUAAUUUCAUUGUUUUAUUUGAUUAAUUAUUUUUGUAUCCAAGCUAAUUGACUAAAUGAUGUAUAUUUUAUGUUGAAACUAAAUGUAAUUAUAUUUUACAAUAGUAUUAAAUCAAAAAAUUUUUUUUGCCAAACAAAUUUCAUGAUGCCACCAUUUGGGCUCUUUUGUUUCAGUGAUAGACUAAAUCAGAGGAGUCCAGAUAAAGAUGAUGAUUCAGAAAGUGGUAUGUUGAAAAACAAGUUUGUUAUAGAAGAUGAUAAUUUUCUUGAGAUUCUAGCAAUCAAAGAGAGAAUUAUAUAUCUUUUUCAAAUAAUGUUUUAUUUCAUGAUACCAAAUUCAAACUAUUCUAAAUUCUGUUAAACUCAAGUAAAACUGUUAAGGAUUGAAAUAAUAGUAACUAGAUUUUUUUAAAUAUUUGGAAAUAUAUUUUUCAUAAGUAAUGUUCAUUGAAUUUAUUUGUUUCUCCAAUGAGAUAUACCAAUUAUUCCUGAACUUGAGGAAACCGUGGAAGAUGAACUAAGCACCAAAGUUGCUUCAGCUCCAACGUAAGUUUAUCAGCAGUAAAUGAGUGUUUGUCCAAGUAUGUUAAUUUUUAUAUUUUUUUGGAGUCAGAUAGGGUGUAAAACUAAUUUCAAGUACAUAACCACUUGUCAUUAUGCCUAAAUUUCUUGUAAGUUUCUUUACGUCAAGAGUUUCUGUGAUUUUUAUUCUUUUUUUUAAUUAAUUUUUUUUUACAUUAAGAGUUGCAGUGAACAGACUUUCCACCUUUAGAGAAUUAGACAAUGACCUCCUCAAACAGGCGGCAUUUUUAACUCUUGUAAGUAUUAAAUAUAUCAAUUAUUUCUUUUAACACAUUCAUGAGGAAAAAAGUGAAUCUUUUUUUAUUUUUAUUUUUUUCAACAUUUAUUAAUUAAUUACAUUUUGUAAUUUACAUAUUAAAGCUGAACCUACAUUUUGUCUUAAUUGACUUAGGCCAAAGAAGCAAGAUAGCAAAAUUGUUUGAAAAACAGAAAAGAAACAACUAUCUCAACAUCCCUGGCUACAAGAAGACUUAUUUCAAAACAUAAGCCAAAUACAAGAUUAGUGAUCAGGCUUUUUUGAGCAAUUUACAAAAGCCUUAACAAUAAUUAAUCAUCAUCACUCAGAUCCAGUAGCCCAUUGGCCUUAAGCCUUUCAGCCAGAGGUCAGAUCCAGUAGCCCAUUGGCCUUAAGCCUUUCAGCCACAGGUCAGAUCCAGUAACCCAUUGGCCUUAAGCCUUUCAGCCAGAAGUCAGAUCCAGUAGCCCAUUGGCCUUAUGCCUUUCAGCCAGAGGUCAGAUCCAGUAGGCCAUUGGCCUUAUGCCUUUCAGCCAGAGGCCACAGUGAAGACUUUGCACACUCUCUGCAGCUUAAUUAUAAAUCAAAUGCACAAUUUUUUCUGGAUAAUUAAAGAUAAAAAUAGUUUUAUCUUUUUUUUUUUAAAUCAGGUUUAUGAGUUAAGAGAAAUAUGAUUCAAUAGUGUGACUUUAAUUAGUAUGAAUAAUGUUUUUAGUAUUAUCAAAAUUUGUUGACACCCUGUUGCAGGACAAUGACAUUGAUCUGAAAUUGUUAACAAAGGCCCUCUCACCAUUAGAAGAUAUAAUUGAAGUAAGUAGAGAUUCAGUCAAUUGCUCUAUUUAAUGAAAUUGUUAACAGAACUUCUCCUACCAUUAGAAGAUAUAAAUGAACUAAGUAGAGAUUCAAUCAACUGCUCUAUUUUUUUAUUGCUUUUUAAUUUAAUUUGAACUUUCUAGAUUUCAAUAUUUGUAAAUAAAAUGAGACUAGUUGUUUCUUUAUUUUGUUAUUAUUCUAUUGACUGAAACCAAACAAAAAUAUGUUAACAAAAGGAAACUGGUGACUAAGGUUUAUGCAGGGAUUCCUUUUACUUUUAGUAAAAUAUAAGGUUUUUGAGUAGACAAGAAAAAAAAAGAGUGGUAUAUUUAUUUAAUAUUAGCAUUAGCAUAAAUGUAAGAAAUAUUUGACUUCAGAUGUAAUGGUCUCUGAUUAAUUUUUUAAUGUAAAAAAAGUGAAAAUUAUUGAUGACAUACUUUUUUUUUAAUUUAAGAAAAAUGUUGGAUUUUAAACUACAGUUGGUUACUUUAACAAACAAAAUAUUUCAAUACAUUUUAUUUAAAUCUUCAAAUCUUUAAUGCUAUUUAAUCAAAACAAUUAUAUCAAUAAAUAUAAGUACACAGUAGUAUUAUUGGAAUGCAUUUGUUGAAAAUGAUAAGCCGAAUAGAUGACUAUUUUCAUCCAUAUUUUUGUGAUCAGGAUGACAAGCCGUGGGACUGGGACAGAUUGUUCACAGAAGUCUCAUCAGACCUCAGGUCCGAGUGGGAGAAGACACAAGGGGAAAGGGAAGAGGAAAAGUCAAUAGAAGUUGAACAGUGAUUUUAGACAUUAUCAAAACUACUUGUUCACGCAAUCAUUUCAUUGAAUUCUGUCUUUUCAAUGCUUCAGACCACCAUUCCCCACUAUAUAGGUUUUAAAAAUUAAUUUAAUUUUGUGAAUUCUCAAUUUUCAUAUUUACAUCUACUUUUGAUUAUUUUACUUAUAACUGCUCCUCAUUGGAUGAACCCUUAUGCUUUUAUGUGUGUCAAAAAUGGAGGAAAAAAAUGGAACUAAAUCAAACUAAAAAUAGUAACAGGACAGGGAUUAAAAUAUUUAUAAAAAAUAACUUCUAAAGGUGUAUAAUGUUUCUUUUUAAAUGACAUUAAAUAAAUGUUAGAAGGAAUAAUGUCCUUAAUAAUAUUUUUAACAUCAUGGUGUGGAUGUGUACUAUUUGUGUGGAAAAAAUUUAAAGUUUAAGCUCAUAUAAGUAGGUGGUAAACAGCAUGUGUCUUGAAUUCAUUUGCUUUGGGACUAAAGACAGGAAUGUCCAACCUGUGGCAGACAUUCCUAACGUCGGCCCCCCAAUUACUUAGUUUUAAACAGUCUGUAUAAAAUAAACAAAAGUACAACGGAAUAUUCGAGGGCGGUUAUUAUGAAUUCGCUUCAAUGUAUUGUUAACAAAAAAACAGACACUAAAACUGAACAAAAUAUUUAUUUUGAAAAUACUUAUAAAUGAUAGAGAAGCUCUUAUUUAAUUUUUUUAUUUAAUUGCAAAUAUACUGUGGUAUUUUAAUCAGAAGUUACAAAACAACGCGUCUCAGUAAUCUUACUUCAUCUGUAAACUUCUCAGGUAAGUCUUUCAAACCCAACAUUGCUGUGUAACUUUCAUUAAAAAAGCUCAUGUAACAGACAAAUAUUUUUUGUUAAUCAUAACAAAUAUUUUUUUUAAUUACUUAAAAUUAUUUUCUGAUAUUGAUUUCUUUUAAUUUUACUUGAUCAUGGGACAAGUUUCAUUUUUCCAUUGCUGAGAAAAUUAACUUUGCAACAUCACAAACAUUAUUUCAAACAAGAUAAAAGAUGUGUGUGAUAUUUAAUAGUUCACUUACUUUUAACAUAUUUUUAAAUAAAUGUAAAUGUCAAAAAUAAUAAAGUGGGACUGUUACAUUUGACAAUGUGGCCUUUAACAUCAAAACGGAUCAUUUUUCUAAAGAUACUCUACGGAAAUACAAGGUUCAGUGAUUUUUUAUUUGAAAUCUUUCCUUAGACAAUCUCAAAUCCAAGCCGUUAAAAAUAAUAAUUUAACCUUUAUGUUAUCUUUGUACAAUAAGAUCUGCACAAUUUAUCAUAUAUAUGUGAUUGUUUUUAUGAUUGGUAGUUUUGUUGUAUUAUUUCUUUUCCAAAGAUCAAACCAAUAAUUAUGUGAUUAUUAGAUUUUGUAAAUAAAAUUAUUCAAAUAACAA